UAUAAACCUAUUUCAUUUUUCACUGUCUGUGGCUUUGGCAGUGUCUGCUUUUCUUCCACCAAGUGUGUCUUGUCCUUCCUCCUCUCUAUAGGUUGUGAACUGCAAAAACUGCCAAGAUGUCUGAGAAAAAGAUGACUUCCAGCCGCAGGCAUCACCUGAAGAGUCUGAUCCUCCAGAUUGCUCUGAACUGGCUUGAGCAGGAGAAAAAAGACGGCGUCGCAGCCAAGGAGGCCUACAUGGCCGAGAACUGUCCUGCUCCAGACACAAGUGGAGACCAGGCUGCUCUCAUGGAACUCUGCAAGAAGCUUCACGCCGCCAUUGACAAGAUUGAUGAAGAGAGGUAUGAUAUCGAGGCCAAAGUGCAGAAGGCCGACAAGGAGAUUGAAGACCUGAAGAUCAAAGUUGUCGACCUGAGAGGAGUGAAGAAACCUGCCUUGAAGAAAGUGCGUAUGUCUGCUGACUCCAUGCUGCAGGCUCUGCUGGGCUCCAAACACAAGGUCACCAUGGAUCUGAGGUCCAACCUGAAGCAGGUCAAGAAGGAGGUGAAAGAGGAGCCAACAGAAGCAGUGGGUGACUGGCGUAAGAACAUUGAGGACAAGGCUGACAGGAAGAAGAUGUUCGAGACCUCCUAAAUGUAUCGCUGCUGAUUGUCUUUCUGUUUACAUGUACUCCACGCGUCUUAUAAGUGCUGGUUGAAGCAGGCGAUUGCUUUACGUCACAAAGACCUGCACACAGGGUUAGGGUUAGCAUGUCUCAGAGGACUCAUGCUGCAGGAGGGUUAAGGUAUCUGAGGGUAUUUUUUCACUUUGUUUUAGUCUAGAGUAAGGGGGGGGGGAAGAAUUGAGACAGUUUCUGCAGGUUCACACACCAAGUCUUCAACUCCACACAGUCAGAAAAGCAUUCACACAAAAUGAUGAAUAAGUGCAAUAAAGUCCGAUGUGGAAGAUAAUAA